AUGGAAUUAAAUGAUCACGAACGCGAGUCCUUUGAAUGGGCAUUCUCCUUACUAACCGACGAUAAAUCUGGCUUCAUUACCCAAAAGGAACUCGUUGGGUUUUUGCACGCUUUGGGGAAGACGGCAAGCGAAAGUCAGAUGAACGCCAUGAUCAACGAGGUGGACGAGGAUGGUAAUGGAUUUAUCGAUUUCAAAGAGUUCGUCACCGCCUUGUCGCGAAAACUGAGUGGAAAUCUAGAUGAUGACGAAAUACGCGAUACAUUUCGGGUGUAUGACAAAGAUAAUACCGGUUUCAUUACCGCCGACCAGGUGAAGACCGUAUUCUUCGAUUUGGAUCAGCCGAUAGCAGACGACGAGAUUGAUGAAAUGAUACGAACCUAUGAUAGCGAUGGCGAUGGAAUGCUGAACUACGAAGAAUUUGUCGAAAUGUUGACAACCCGUUAG